ACAGUGCCAGAAGAUGAGAGUGACACCGCUCUACGUACAGCGCUGUAUGAUAUAUAUAGAGGUGACAUCGCAGGUAGCACAAAUCAUCCAACUAUAUAUAUCAGUCGCUUUUCGAAAGCAAAGACACUUAUUCAUAAAACAGAAAAACCCUUUAACCCUAUUCAUAGCCGCUAUACAGACUCCCAUCGAAGUGCGGAAGCGCCAGAUGAGAACGACUCAACUCGCCUCCAAGGCCAAGAUCAAUCCCAACACGCCCAUCCCGAAGCCCAGACCCAAUCCGAAAACACAAACGAACACGACACCGGCAUCAUCAUCGAAGCCGACGGAUCCGAGCUCACAGGCUCCAAACUCGCGUCCCUAUUCGCGCACAAAUUCUACACCCUCUUCCUCCAAACACACGCAAGAUCCGACAUAAACACCUGCAUCCUCGCAUGCAAAGCCGCUAUUGAGUGCGUGGAGGACACCGAGUCUGGGCGGGCGGGGGACGAGUAUCUCGAGUAUCUGUGUGACUAUUGUGCUGCGCUCCGGGCGCAGAUUUCCGUGUUUGGCAUGGGGGAAGGGGAAGGAGAAGGGGAGGGGGAGGGGGAGGGGGAAACAGAGGGACAGAGCCAGAGAACAGAGAGGGUGCGGGAUUUGGACGAGGCUGUUGCGAUGCUGAGGGAGGUUGUUGCUGGUCACGAAGGUGGUGAUGCGUGUGUGAGCGGUGAGUUGUAUGAGGAGUGUAAGAUGCGGGUGGAUGAAUUCCUGGCAAUUCGGGCACGGUACAUGGGAAAUGAGUCGGAUGGGGGCGCGGUUGUGGGUGAUACCACAGAAGUAUUGUUUUCUGAAUUCAUGCCUCUUUUGUUGGAUAGCUGA